CCACUGGCCAACUUCAACUCUUUCCGCGAACUAAUCCUACCAUUAGUCCUUCAUCAAUUUCAUCGCUAAACACGCGACCUUGAUGAUCAACUCUUGCCUCUUCGACUUGAAACUUCGUCGGGGCUUUCCUUUUUCUCACUUUUCUCUCAUCAACCCAUUUUUCAUUCAAUCCUCUUCUUACUCUUAAAAGUAUCUAGUAGCCAUCAUGUCUCGAGGUGGUACUACUCUGUACGUGACUGGCUUCAGCCACGGUACGCGUGCUAGAGACCUCGCCUACGAAUUCGAACGCUAUGGUCGUCUUGUCCGCUGUGAUAUUCCAGCACCACGAUCUGCGUCUAGUAGACUGUUUGCUUUCGUGGAGUAUGAAGAUCGUCGUGAUGCUGAUGAUGCGUACCAUGAGAUGCAUAACAAGCGCAUCGGUCGUGAUGAUCUUCUGAAAAUUGAGUGGGCUCGUACUCCUCCUUCUGCGUCCUGGCGAUUCGAUAGUGGUCGUGACCGUGAGCGACGCGACCGUGGAGCUAGAUCCCCACGCCGCGGACGUUCUCCGUCACCCCGUCGUAGCACUCGUGAUUACUCUCCUCGUAAGGACGAUCGACGAGACCGCGACCGCGAUUACGACCGUGACCGUCGUGACACGCGUGACCGCUCUCGCAGUCCGGAUACUCGUGACCGCGACCGUGACGACAGAGACGACCGCGACCGCCGUGACAAUGGCACCAAUGGCGAUGACCGAAAGGCUGUCGAUAGCCCUCCGCCCCAACACGAGGACCUGGACGUUGCAGAGUGAUAAGUAUAACUGGCCUGGCUAUCUUACACUGCGACGGCGAGUCGCAUCAGCAACGUGUGAAACAUUAAAAAGUUCUCCUAUGUCACACGGGUGUUUGGUAAUUGCUUUUCUACAUUGGGCUGUAACUCAUCUUUUAGUUUCGAUUUCAUCGACCGACGUACGAGGCAGUUAUCCGACUAUUAAUUGAAAGACUGAAUCCGGAAACGAUGCCACUGAGACCGUGAGGAUUUUCUAUUUGAGACAGCAAAAAGGUUACUAGGUGGAUCAUGAAUGCAGCUAGGUAGCCAGAUAUGUGCCUAAACGACGAGGUUUUCUCCAGCUAGGUAGUUAGUCAACUUCAUAGUUUAAGGCGAAUGCAAUGCAGUUCUUCUGA